AUGCCGCUCAACUACCAGAUAAGAGCGACCCAGGGGAGCCAUCCCCGGCACGGCAGCCCACCCACAGCGCCCGGCUGGCCAAUCGGUGGGCGCGGCGGCAGUAUAUUUGCAUGUCGGCGCGCCUUAGCCAAUGAGCGGCGGGCGAGGGCGCGCCCGCCCGGCUGCGGCGGCUCAGUUGGAGGAUGGCGGCGGCCGCGACGGCGCGUCACCUCCCAGCGCUGCUCCCUGGAGUUCCUGGAGGACGUGGUGGGGUGUGCCUCCAUGCACAGAACCAAGCACAUAUCUGGGUCCCCGAGACACAAAGGCUUGAAGAAGACACAUUUCAUCAAGAACAUGCGGCAAUAUGACACGAAGAGUAGCAGGAUUGUGCUCAUCUGUGCCAAGCGGUCCCUGUGUGCGGCGUUUUCUGUCCUGCCCUACGGAGAGGGCCUGCGGGUCAGUGACCUGAGGGCCGAUGGCCUGAAGCAGAGGCACCCGUCAGGCGGCGUCUCUGUGUCUUCCGAGAUGGUCUUUGAACUAGAAGGCGUGGAGCUGGGCGCGGAUGGCAAGGUCGUGUCUUACGCCAAGUUCCUGUACCCCACCAAUGCCCUGGUCACACCCAAGAAUGAUGGCUAUGGCCCAGCAGCCCAGCCUCGGCCCAGCAUCCCCCGGGCUCUGCCAGGGUCCAGAUACAAGCCUGGCCCCAUCAAGUCCGUACCAGCAGGCACAGAACUAGGGAGCGAUGUGAGUGAUGCCCUUGAGUACAACCCCAACCUCCUGGAUGACCCUCAGUGGCCUUGCGGCAAGCACAAGCGUGUCCUCAUCUUCGCAUCCUACAUGACCACAGUCAUAGAGUACGUGAAGCCCUCAGACCUCAAAAAGGACAUGAACGAGACCUUCAGAGAGAAGUUCCCCCACGUCAAGCUCACGCUGAGCAAAAUCCGGAGCCUCAAGCGGGAGAUGUGCAGCCUCUCAGAGGAGUGCAGCCUGGAGCCCGUGACCGUGUCCAUGGCCUACGUGUAUUUCGAGAAGCUCGUGCUGCAGGGCAAGCUCAACAAGCAGAACCGCAAGCUGUGUGCCGGAGCCUGCGUGCUGCUGGCCGCCAAGAUCAGCAGUGACCUGCGCAAGAGCGAGGUCAAGCAGCUCAUCGAUAAACUAGAAGAAAGGUUCCGGUUCAACCGCCGGGACCUGAUUGGCUUUGAGUUCACUGUGCUGGUGGCGCUGGAACUUGCCCUGUACCUGCCCGAGGGCCAGGUUUUACCUCACUACAGACGCCUCACCCAGCAGUCCUAG